ACAAAACCCAAAAGAGGAGUAAAAAAAGGAAAAAUUAAACGAGGCCCUUCUCAAAAGUGGCAUAAAGCGACACACUUUACUACUCUACUCUGUUUUUUCCUCCCCUUUUAAAUUUUCUCUCUCUAAUUUUCUCCCCUUCUCCACAUUUUACACUCCUUCUCCACACUCACACACUUAGAGAGAGAAAAAGAGCAGAACGAUUUGAUUUGACGGUAAGAUGUUGAAGGACUCAACAAAAUGCAAAUGGGUUUGUGCUUUUCUGCUUCUAUUGGCCUACUCAGCUUCUUCUGCUUCACUGAUUGAAGAUGGCUCACUCGUCAAUGGCGAUUUCGAGACCCCUCCCUCGGGAGGCUUCCCGGCGGACGCCUCGAUCUCCGACACCCCCAUCUCCGUCCCCGGCUGGAAAACCGACGGUAUGGUGGAGCUGGUGUCGGCGGGCCAGCGGCAGGGCGCGAUGAUCCUCAUCGUGCCGCAGGGGGAGCACGCCGUGCGCCUGGGCAACGACGCCGAGAUCAGCCAGGAGGUGAAGGUGGAGAAGGGCGCGACCUACUCCGUCACGUUCAGCGCCGCCCGAACCUGCGCCCAGCUCGAGUCGCUCAACGUCUCCGUCCCCCCCGCGUCGCAGGCCAUAGAUCUGCAGACCGUGUACAGCGUGAAGGGCUGGGAUUCGUACGCGUGGGCGUUCAGGGCCCAGUCGGAGGACGCGCGCGUGGUCUUCCGGAACACCGGCAUGGAGGACGACCCCGCCUGCGGGCCCGUCAUCGACGACGUAGCUAUCAAGAAGCUGUUUGUGCCUGAUAAGCCCAAAGGCAAUGCCGUCGUCAAUGGAGACUUUGAAGAAGGCCCGUGGAUGUUCAGAAACGAGUCUCUCGGUGUCCUCCUCCCCACCAAUCUCGACGGCGACACCUCCUCUCUCCCGGGCUGGAUCGUCGAGUCUAACCGGGCCGUCCGAUAUGUCGACUCGUACCACUUCACCGUGCCCACCGGUAAACGGGCCAUCGAGUUAUUAUCCGGUAAGGAAGGCAUCAUUUCGCAGAUGGUGGACACGAGGCCCAAUAAGCCUUACAGGCUGAGCUUCUCGUUGGGCCCAGCUGGUGAUGCCUGCAGACAGCCCCUUGCCGUUAUAGCCUUUGCCGGGGACCAAACGGAGAGCGUGCACUACACGCCUAUCUUUAACUCGACGUUUCAAAAAGCGGGCGUGAAUUUCACGGCCAAGGCGGAGAGGACACGUGUCGCGUUCUACAGCGUUUAUUACAACACGAGGAGUGAUGACAUGACCUCGUUGUGUGGGCCUGUGGUGGAUGAUGUUAGGGUCGAGCAGUCUGGGUCGGGUCGGGUUGGGGUUUGGGGAUUAAUGUUGGGAUUAGGAUUGGUUAUGUUGGGAUAUCAGUUUGUGGUUUUGUCACUCUUCUGCGAGCACAGCACCACCGAGAAACCGAUGGCGGCGGCUAUCUCUUGCCACCUCUCCUCACCGGACUCCGUUUCCCUCUCCUCCUCACACGCGCUUUCUAAGAUCGGUCAAAACGUUCGCAGAUUCUCCGGCGUAUCGGUAUCUGCUCCGGCAAUCCGUCGACGAAUCUCGUGCCAGGUUGCUUCUUCUGCGCCGGCGUCUUCUGUUAAUGGAAAAGCGGAAGCAGGUUUGAAGGAUUUUAUUCACAUUAAUGAUUUUGACAAGGACACAAUUUUCAAGAUUUUAGAUCGAGCCAAGGAGGUCAAAGCAUUAAUUAAAUCAGGAGACAGGACAUAUCUCCCAUUUAAAGGCAAAACUAUGUCGAUGAUAUUUGCAAAGCCAUCCAUGAGGACGAGAGUUUCAUUUGAGACUGGGUUUCAUUUGCUGGGAGGGCAUGCCCUGUAUCUGGGACCUAAUGACAUCCAGAUGGGCAAGAGGGAGGAAACCCGUGAUGUUGCACGUGUUCUUUCUCGCUAUAAUGAUAUCAUUAUGGCUCGAGUUUUUGCACAUCAGGACAUUGUUGAUCUUGCUAAGAACGCCACUGUUCCAGUAAUCAAUGGCUUGACAGACUUCAACCAUCCUUGUCAAAUAAUGGCUGAUGCACUUACGAUCAUCGAACAUGUUGGUCACCUGGAAGGAACAAAGGUUGUAUAUGUUGGAGAUGGGAACAAUAUUGUGCAUUCAUGGCUGAUGUUGGCAUCUGUGAUCCCUUUCCACUUCAUUUGUGCCUGUCCUAAAGGUUUUGAACCUGAUGUAAGGACAGCUAAAAGGGCAAUAAAGGCUGGAGUCAGCAAGAUAGAAAUAACUAAUGACCCAAAAGAAGCUGUGAAGGGAGCUGAUGUUGUCUACUCAGAUGUUUGGGCUAGCAUGGGACAGAAGGAAGAAGCUGAAUACCGCCGUGAAGUUUUUCAGGGAUUCCAGGUGGAUGAGGAGCUAAUGAAGCUGGCUGGUCCAAAAGCCUAUUUCAUGCAUUGUUUACCUGCUGAGAGGGGUACUGAAGUUACUGAUGGCGUUAUCGAAGCCCCAAACUCUAUUGUCUUCCCACAGGCUGAAAACAGGAUGCAUGCACAAAAUGCAAUCAUGCUUCAUGCCCUUGGGUUAUGAUGCGUGUAAUCUCCCGUUGGUGAGCCGGUGUGAGUUAAAACUUGCGUGUUGUUUUAAUAAAUUGGAUCACUUUCGAUUUUCAUCUUUUUUUGUUUUCUUCCCCAUUGUGAUCCAUUAUGGAACUUACUAGUAGUGUCGGUUUUGUAGUUGUAUUGUACUUGACGAUUUCUAUGAGGUUUAGAGAUAAUAGAUCGAGCAUCUUGGUUAGUGUCAAUCGGAUCAAUCUACUUGUGCUCCUCUACUAGUUCUGCUAUGUUGGUUCGUGUUUUAAUUCCUUCUGUUUGCUUGCCGUUGGUUUGUGAUGGGUGUG